GUGGCUACGAGUUCGUUGUUUGACGCCUGAAUAUGAGAACGAGUCCAACAUCCACCGUGUCGGAGUUACGACAACCCCACCGCGAGUCCCGCUUCCGGAUGUAGUAAUAGGUGGCUGCGACGAGGACUUCCCGUGGUCGCUGAUUGGCUGCUCGCGUUCCACGGAGUUGGCGCCAUUGCAACCUUCCGUGCUGUCUCCAUAGAGGCUUUCUUCCCAGAGAAACAACUCUUCUGUGUCAGGAUUAGCGGUGUGACCACGUCGCAAUGGCCGAUAAAGACGCCGCGUUUGACGACGCCGUGGAGGAGAGGGUGAUCAACGAGGAGUACAAGAUCUGGAAGAAGAACACCCCUUUCCUCUAUGACCUGGUCAUGACCCACGCCCUGGAGUGGCCCAGCCUCACAGCCCAGUGGCUGCCGGACGUCACCAGGCCGGAGGGUAAAGACUUCAGUGUGCACAGGCUGGUUCUGGGGACGCACACGUCUGACGAGCAGAACCACCUGGUGAUCGCCAGCGUGCAGCUCCCGAACGACGAUGCACAGUUUGACGCCUCUCACUAUGACAGCGAGAAAGGAGAGUUUGGAGGCUUUGGGUCUGUAAGUGGGAAGAUAGAGAUCGAGAUCAAGAUCAACCACGAGGGAGAAGUGAACAGAGCCCGUUAUAUGCCUCAGAAUCCUUGCAUCAUCGCCACCAAGACCCCCACCAGUGAUGUGCUGGUCUUUGAUUACACAAAGCACCCCUCGAAGCCCGACCCGUCGGGAGAGUGCACCCCCGACCUGCGCCUGAGGGGCCAUCAGAAAGAAGGCUACGGCCUCUCCUGGAACCCAAACCUCAGUGGUUGUCUCCUCAGUGCUUCUGAUGAUCAUACAAUCUGCCUGUGGGACAUUAGCACAGUGCCCAAGGAGGGGAAAAUAGUGGAUGCUAAGACCAUCUUCACGGGCCACACCGCUGUGGUAGAAGACGUCUCCUGGCAUUUGCUCCAUGAGUCACUGUUCGGUUCUGUUGCCGACGACCAGAAACUCAUGAUCUGGGAUACGCGGUCGAACAACACCUCCAAGCCCAGCCAUGCAGUGGACGCCCACACUGCCGAAGUCAACUGCUUGUCCUUCAAUCCUUACAGCGAGUUCAUCCUGGCCACUGGCUCUGCAGAUAAGACGGUGGCUCUUUGGGACCUGAGGAACCUGAAGCUGAAGCUGCAUUCGUUUGAGUCUCACAAAGACGAGAUCUUCCAGGUUCAGUGGUCUCCUCAUAACGAAACCAUCCUGGCCUCCAGCGGCACGGACAGAAGGCUCAACGUCUGGGACCUCAGUAAGAUUGGAGAGGAGCAGUCUCCAGAGGAUGCAGAGGAUGGCCCGCCUGAGCUUCUGUUCAUACAUGGAGGACACACAGCUAAGAUCUCAGACUUCUCUUGGAACCCCAACGAACCGUGGGUCAUCUGUUCUGUAUCAGAAGACAACAUCAUGCAAGUCUGGCAGAUGGCUGAAAACAUCUACAAUGACGAGGACCCAGAAGGUGCUGCAGACUCAGAGGUCCAGGCAUGAGUCCCGGCUCCACAUCUCGUCGUUCGACCUGCUCGUCAAAAAACGGAUCACUUUUCCAGAGUUGAGUGCAAAAGCAGCAAUGUGUUUUUAAAAAAAAUACAUUUUGGGCAGCAGUUGUUUUGUAGAAAAAAUUAAAAAAGGAAAAAAGAUUUUUAAAUGCUGCAUUGCCAUCGUGUUGUGACGUAUUUAAAAUACAGUCUGUGUCGGUCAGAUUUUUUUUAGAUCUUUUAGUUUUUCAAACUCUCAUCCUGGCUUCUAAUGAUGAAACCAUCACACAGGAGUCCCUCAUCAUCCAAGUUUGCAUUUCGAUGGUUUACUUUCUUCUCGAUUAGUUGUUUUGAAAACAUUUACAUCUACAGAGAUCCAUUUUUAAUAAAAUUGUACAUACAAUAGGGUUUUUUCCUUUACUUGCUUGAUAUUCGUUGUAGCAAUUUUUCCAGGUUGUGCGUUGUCACUUUUGUUUGUGUUCUCUUUUUUUCUUUGUCAUUAUUUUUCCUGUGCUACAUCUGAUCUCUUGUGUACUUGUAUAUUCAUAAUAAAAUAUUUACAUUAAA